GAAGUGGGGUGUCCGGGGAGCCUGCGCUGCGCUCUCCAGCUGCUUCCUGCUUGCCUGCGCCCUAAGUGUGCCGCCGCUGUGGGCCUCAAGUGCUUCUCUCUGGGCUCUGAGCUGAAGGGUGAGCCAUUUCGUUUGGGUACGGCUGCCGGCGCAUUCUACUCCGGGUUGCUGCUAUCAGUGGGUCUCUCCCUGUUGGGAUCUGCCCUGGUUUGCUGCCGUGAAGAUGCGGCAGGGGAGAGUAAACCCAGCAGUCAGAACUUCCUCCUCCUUGGAGUACUGGUGUUCAUGUUGGGUGUGUUGAGCGCCUUUGCUGGGGCAGUGAUAGAUGGGGACACUGUGUCACUCGUGGAAAGGAAGUAUUCACACUUUUGCCUGCAACAAACAACACCUGGCGCAGGUAGCAGUUCAACCAAGUGCCAGAAGCUGAAGGAUUACCAGCGGGGUUUGGUCAUAUCUACCAUUUUUAACUCCUUGGAAUGUCUACUGGGUCUUAUCAACCUGUUGCUGGUCAAAAACUACAAAUCCUCCCAGCAGCGGCGGAGGAGAAGAAGGAGAUGUGGGGGAAGGCGCUUCCAGCGACAGAACAGGGGUUCCAUCUUCUCAAAUGAGGAGCAUGACUUCUCGCCUGGAGACUUCCCCUUCCAAAGUGUGUCCUACAUUAACGUUGGGGUAUUUCACCUCUUUGAUGAAGCAGGAGUGGAAGUGCAAUGUGGGGGUCACCCGUCUCUGGAGCUACCUGGUUACUCUCCCAUGGAUCCUGAUUUAAACCCUUCAUACCCUUACUGUUACCCUCUGCCUAAUGAGCAGCCUCCUCCAUAUGAUGAAAUAUACCCUGCUACUGAGCUGUGCAGCAGCACCACCACCACCACCACAUAA